GGAGAGAUAGAGGUUUUGUCAGUAUGGAGAGCAUGCGCAGCUUUUGGCAAUUGGGUGAUGAGCUUCGAGGACAAUCAAAAGUCUCAGAGGAUCACAAGUGGUCAAUGGUUGCUUCUAAGCUAGCUGAACAGACAAAGGGUGAGCGAAGGAUUAACCUUGAUCUCUCAAAGGGCCCUGCUGAAAUAAGGCCGAGGGAAAAUAUGGGCUUUCAGGAAGAUAACAAAUUCGAAAGUCUUAACUUCAACAUGUUAAAUUUGGACCCCAAAAUGACAGAAAAUGUGAACAAAAGUUCCUUUAGGAAUGGUAUGUACAAUAUGAAUGCACUAUAUCAGAAGAGCAAUGGCAACUCUGUCAUGAACAUGACUGGAAGCAAGUACGGUGUCAACAAUCAGAACAAAGAGCCCAACAGCAGCAGCAACAACAACAACAACAAUGAUAAUAACAACACAAGUGCAAUUGAAAAAAGAUUCAAAACCUUGCCUGCAGCUGAGACACUCCCAAGGAAUGAGGCGCUUGGUGGCUACAUUUUUGUUUGCAACAAUGACACAAUGCAGGAAGAUCUGAAGCGACAACUAUUUGGUUUGCCUCCGAGAUAUAGAGACUCUGUCCGGGCAAUAACACCAGGCUUACCUUUAUUUCUCUAUAACUAUACUACUCAUCAGUUGCAUGGUAUUUUUGAGGCGGUGAGUUUUGGGGGUUCUAACAUUGACCCUACUGCUUGGGAAGACAAGAAAUGUAAAGGAGAAUCACGGUUCCCUGCUCAGGUGAGAAUCCGUGUUAGGAAACUCUGCAAGGCCUUGGAGGAAGAUGCCUUUAGGCCAGUCUUGCACCACUAUGAUGGCCCCAAGUUUCGACUUGAGCUCUCAAUUCCGGAGACCCUGGACUUGUUAGAUCUCUGCGAACAAGCAGGUGUUUAAGAUCCUGUUGCUAACAUAAUCAACUAUCCUAUGCAAGCAAGAUAUGUGGUUGUGGUAGGUUUUGUGGUGUGUCAACCAUUUGUUUGACAGUUUUUCCGUAGAGCGUAAGCUUGGAAGGUAAAGUCUGGUGUUGGAAUUUUCUGAAGUGUAAGCCAGCCAAAUA